CUAUGCUGAGAAGGAAAACAACAUAGCGAAAGCUCUGGAAGAUCUAAAGGCCAAUUUUUACUGUGAGCUCUGUGACAAGCAGUACUAUAAGCAUCAGGAGUUUGACAAUCACAUUAAUUCAUAUGACCAUGCUCACAAGCAGAGGCUCAAAGAACUGAAACAAAGAGAAUUUGCUCGAAAUGUAGCAUCUAAAUCCAGGAAAGAUGAAAGAAAACAAGAAAAGGCCCUCCAACGCCUGCACAAGCUGGCAGAGCUAAGAAAGGAAACUGUAUGUGCUCCUGGAAGUGGCCCCAUGUUCAAGUCAACAACUGUUACUGUGAGAGAAAAUUGUAAUGAAAUUUCCCAAAGAGUUGUUGUGGAUUCAGUUAGUAACCAGCAAGAUUUCAAAUAUUCUUUGAUUCAUAGGGAAGAGAAUACUAAAGAUGUUACCUCUGUUGCUGCAGAUCCAGAAAGCGCAAAUAAUUAUACAGAAAAAAAUAACCAACUUGGGGAUCAAGCCCAGGGAAUUCACAGACACAAAAUCGGCUUUUCUUUUGCAUUUCCAAAGAAAGCAUCCGUGAAGCUAGAGUCCUCAGCCGCAGCCUUCUCUGAAUACAAUGAUGAUGCCUCUGUGGAAAAAGGAUUUAGCAGAAAAAGUAGAUUUGUCCCCGGUGCUUGUCAUCUUCAACUAUCUUCACCAACAGAUGUGCUUUUGAGUUCUGAGGAGAAAACUAACUCUUUUCAUCCACCAGAGGUAAUGUGCACUGACAAAGAAAUUGCUCAAACUCAAGAGAUAAAAGAAGUCUCCAGUGAAAAAGAUACAUUAUUAUUACCUUCAUUUUGCCAGCUUCCACUCCCUUUAUCUUCUGAUGCAGAUAAUUGUCAAAAUUCAGUCCCAUUAGCAGACCAAAUACCACUGGAAGAUGUUAUUAUUAAUGAAGACAUACCUAUGAGUGGUAACAGUUCUGAGUUGUUAGGAAAUAAAUCCAUAAUUCUUGAUAUGUCUAAUGACUGUGUAUCUGUGCAGACUUCCACAGAGGAAAAUGUUAAGGAUAAUGAGACAUCCACAAUUGAAGUUGAAAACAAAAAUAGUCCUGAGACACUGGUCUCUCCAAAUACUGAAGAAGAAAAUACAACCUUACAUAAAAAACUAGAUAAGAGACAAUGUGAGCCAUUUGUACCUGUACUUAACAAACAUGGUUCAACAAUUCUUCAGUGGCCAUCAGAAAUGCUAGUUUACACAACUACUGAACCAUCAAUUUCUUAUAGCUGUAAUCCUUUAUGUUUUGACUUCAAGUCCACUAAAAUAAACAAUAAUCUAGAUAAAAAUAAGAUGCCAUCAAAAGAUCUUUAUUCUCGGCAGAAGGGAGAAGACAUAUGCAAGGGACAAGUUUCAAACUGCAAGGACAUAUCGAUUGCAAGACUUACUGAUUUUGAAGUUGGAGGUAGCAGAAGUGAAUAUACACAGGUCACUCCUCUUUUGGCUGAUUUUAGUCUCUCUAAUAGCUGUGAAUCUGGAAAAAAUGAGGAUAUGGGGCAGAGGUAUAAAAAGAUUUCCUGUAGGAUCAGAAAACCAGAAAAAUAUACCACUAAAAAUCAAAUAAAACAGGACACUCCCGAUGAAAAAUACAACAAAAUAAGGUUGAAAGAUAUUCAUGAAUACUGGUUCCAUAAAAGUAGAAGAAAGAAAAAAAGAAGAAAGUUUUGUCAGCAUCACCAUGGGGAGAAAACCAAAGAAUCAGAAACUUGCAAAAUUGAAAUAAAGAAUACUUACACUGAUACAGCUGGGAAAAAUCUACUGGAACCAAUUUCAGAAAAGCCGUAUGUAACUGCAGAGCAAUUAUUAGACUCACAGCAGUUACCUGAAAAAAGGCCCAAAUCAGCAUCCAUACCCUUAAGUGAAAAUGAAGAAAUGUGUAAAGCCUGGAAUACUGAAUACAAUAAUAAUGAUGCUGUAACUUCCAAAAACCACUGUAAAAAGAACACAAUACUUUUAAAUGGGCAAUCACAUCCAACAAUGAUACAUUCUGAGAAACAUAAUCUAUCGUACUCCAGAACUUACUGUUGUUGGAAAGCCAAAAUGUCGAGCUGUAGUCAGGAUCACAGAUGCUUAGUUCUUCAAAAUGACAUGAAAUGCCUGAGUCAGAAUCAGGCUGUUAAAAGAGGUUACAAUUCUCUCAUGAAUGAAACAGAGAGAUUCCAUCGAAAACGUAGACAACAUUCGUAUUCUUAUUCUUCAGAUGAGAGUUUGAAUCGACAGAAUUAUUUACCAGAAGAAUUGUUGAGGCCACCAAGUGCUUCAGUUGCCCACUCUAAACCUAAAAAGAAACGGAGGAGAAAAAGAAGUAGAUGCCACUCUGGAUUUGAAACAUUAGAACUCAAGGAAAACACAGAUUAUCCCAUGAAAGACAAUUUAGAUGAGUUAAUAAAUGAAGACAAAAAAGAAGAAGUAAUGCCACAGGAAAUUUCAAAUAUCGAAAGGAACUCAGAACGAACAGAUGAAGUAAGAAACAAACUGACUUUGCACCCUAACCGUCCCCUUCUUUCUGAACCCAAUGGUGAAACUGAUCAUUUGGUCAUGGAGACCACUCCUGGUCAAUCCUCAGAGGUUUCCAGUGAUCCCACCACAGCUAUCUACGCAGAGAGUGCCCCACCAAAAGAAGCAAUUGACAAUACCUUGCUUGAACACAAAGAAAGAAGUGAGAACAUAAAUCUUAAUGAAAAGCAAAUUCCUUUCAAGGUGCCUAAUAUUGAAAGGAACAUUAGACCUUCACAGCCUAAAUCAUACCUUUGCCAUUAUGAACUGACUGAGGCCAUUCCCCAAGGAAAGAUGAAUGAGGCAUCGACUGAGUGGCUGCGUUAUAAUUCAGGACUCCUUAACGCACAACCAUCGUUACCGUUCAAGGAAGCACACGUCAGCGGUCAUACCUUUGUGACAACGGAGCAAAUCCUGGCUCCGCUGGCUUUACCGGAGCAAGCAUUACUGAUCCCACUGGAAAACCACGACAAAUUCAAAAACGUCCCAUGUGAGGUCUACCAGCACAUUAUCCAGCCCAACCUGCUGGCCAACAAGGUCAAAUUCUCCUUUCCUCCAGCUGCCCUCCCACCCCUCAGCACGCCUCUGCAGCCUUCACCUUUGCAGCAGCCCUUCUGCUCUACCUCCGUAACCACAAUCCAUCACACUGUUUUGCAGCAGCAUGCUGCAGCCGCUGCAGCCGCCGCCGCCGCUGCAGCUGCAGGAACCAUUAAAGUGCUUCAGCCACACCAACAGUUUCUUUCCCAAGUCCCAGCUCUCACCAGAGCAUCCUUACCUCAGAUCUCAGUAGGACCAGUAGGACCCAGGCUUUGUCCCGGGACCCAGCCGGCUUUUGUGGCUCCUCCACAGAUGCCAAUCAUUCCAGCUUCGGUUCUUCAUCCUAGUCACCUGGCUUUCCCACCUCUUCCCCACGCGCUCUUUCCUUCACUGCUUUCCCCACACCCUACGGUCAUCCCUCUGCAACCCCUCUUCUAGUCACUCACCAUCAGUGGGAAUGAAAAUGCUCGUGAAAACUGUGGCUAUCUACAUACGUGUUCAUCUAAGUGGGUAAUUGGUGGAAAUAAACUGGCCCAAAUAAGCCCUCAUAGAUUUGAAAUCAUUUACUGUAAGUGUAACGAUGCAAAUAAAUUCUUAAGUUUCUGAUAUAUAAUAUUAAGCACUAAUAGUUUGAAAAUCAAUACAAUAUAUGCUGUAUAUUAAAAUGAUGUCUUAAGAGUAUGUAUAAUGUACAUAAAAUAUAUUUAUAGUACUGUAAUUUACGUUGUAAAGUAUGCUCUUUGUUUUUUUAUCUUUGUGUAUCUGCACCUAUUUAAUGUUUAGACAAAACUGAUGGCACUAUGUUUUGUAUCAUGUUCCUCGAAACUGUAAAUUCAGUGACAAAUAUCUCUUGCAAUAAAUUUUUGUUAACUAUUUAAGUAAA